UGGGGAGGUGCAACACUGGCAGUGUUGGAUUGAGAGGGACAUUUCAUUGCAUUUUUAUUUAACCUUUAUUUAACUCUCAGACUCUCAGAAACAGAAUUCAAGACAAACAUGGACAACACAUCUGUAACAGUAUUUACCAUGACUGCGUAUGCUGUCAUGGAAAAUAACAAGUACCUGCAGUUUUCGAUAUUUAUGUUGUUGUAUAUUUUGAUCAUCUCUUUCAAUUUGCUGCUGAUUGCUGUGAUAUGCUGUCAGAGAGCUCUGCAUCAACCCAUGUACGUGUUCAUAUGUAACUUAGCUGCUAACGGACUAUACGGCAGCACUGGAUUUCUUCCCUCGACUCUGAUUCUACUUUUGUCUGAGACAUAUGAGAUAUCGUUGCCAUGGUGUCUAAUACAAAUCUAUUGGGUACAUACAUAUGCAGCGGUUGAAUUUCAUAUUUUGGCUGUCAUGGGAUAUGACCGGUAUGUUGCCAUCUGUUAUCCACUACAUUAUCACAGCAUCAUGUCUAUUCCCAAGAUGUGUAAACUUAUUGCAUUGGCAUGGCUAUAUCCCUUUUCUCUCUUUCUGAUGUACUUUGGCUUUACUUUGAGAUUGAGGUUUUGUGGAAGGUUCAUACAUUUUAAAUUGUUUUGUGUCAAUUUUGAAUUGGUGAAAAAUGCGUGUUCUACUACAUCUUACCAUAGUGUUGUAGGACUUGUGCUAAUAGCUUUCCUUAUGAUCCCACAGCUCCUCAUGAUUAUAUUCUCAUAUGCACACAUUUUCAGGGUCUGUCUGAAAUCCUCAAAAGAAUCUCAGGUCAAAGCACUGAAAACGUGCAUCCCUCAUUUACUUUCAGUAAUAAACUACUCUAUUGGAGGGUUUUUUGAAAUAGCUCAAAGUAGAUUUAACAUGAGUGGGACAUCUUUUAUGGUUCGGAUCAUCAUGUCACUAUACUAUACAUUGCUUACACCAUUGAUAAACCCUGCAAUUUACGGAAUGGCCAAUCAAGCCAUCAGAACGCAUGUCUUAAAAAUAUGCCGUGUGUCUAACAGGUUGGCCUCCUGUUAAAAAUGGGUUAAACACAGUUCUAGUCCUGUAGACAAAGUUUUCAUGAUGAAUAAUGAAUAAAUUGGUAAAGUAAAAGCAAUGUCACCGAAAAACUGCAACGUGCAAUUAUGGCAAGAUGUACAUGAAACAGAUACUGUAUGUAAAUGUCUCAUCAAGAUGUACAUGAAACAGAUACUGUAUGUAAAUGUCUCAUCAAGAUGUACAUGAAACAGAUACUGUAUGUAAAUGUCUCAUCAAGAUGUACAUGAAACAGAUACUGUAUGUAAAUGUCUCAUCAAGAUGUGGGUGGAGCCUAUCGAGCUUUACAUGAACCCUAUUAUAACAGAAUUGAAUAUACUUUUCAAAACCACCAUGUAGACCUACAAUUAUGCUGUAAACAUUAUUUUAGUUCUAAAGUCACUAUAAAUAAAGUGUAAGAAAACAAUGAAAAGCAUCUGUAAUCCACAAUAGUGUAUAUUUUCAUGUUGUCAUCAUUAUUAGUAUGAUUACUUGUAUGAUUAGAACUACUUCUGCCACUGUCUGCCCUGUCUCAGAGAGCUGCCCUUCACCUCUGUUGAUUUUUUGUUUAGCUGUAAUCAUUUAUGUAUGUAUCUAAAUACACAAUUGGUCAAAAAAGGGCUCCAUGUGGGUUUUCUUAGUCAAGGUUUUAUAUUUAAUAUCUUAUACAGCAUACAGCCGCAUCAGUCACCAGACUACAUUUUAGUCUGAGGCCUACUGUACAUAGAGAAUGAGACAGAAUAAGUUCACAUUUGCUAAGUGAUGAACAAUAAUUGUAA